GGGGGCCACACUCCCCUGGGAAACUGUAAGGGGUUGCUGCAGGAGGGUAGUACUCGCUGUGGGAUAUCAGUCACGAUUCAGGAUAGACAAGAUUCGGGGGGGUGGGCUGCUGACCGCAUUUCACCAGAUACACGUUCUCAAUCAGGAGGGGGGAGCAAUUACUUGUACUCUGGCUUAUCUUACUUGAGGUCAGUUGGAAUGCACACUCAGACGAAGUGGGUUGGCCGCCAGCGGUACCAAAUGACGCUGGGGAUGGUACUGAAACAAAGGAAGAAAGAAAAAGGAAGGCCAAAGGAGGAAAAAAAAAAUCCUGGCUAAAGAAGAUUUUUGCAAAUAAAGGAAAAGGAAAAAAGGCAAUGGAGGAGAAGAGCCAGGCAGUGGUGGUGGUGGAGGAGGAGAGCCAGGCAGUGGUGGUGGUGGAGAGCCAGGCAGUGGUGGUGGUGGAGAGCCAAGCAGUGGUGGUGGAGGAGGAGAGCCAGGCAGUGGUGGAGGAGGACAGCCAGGCAGUGGUGGAGGAGGAGAGCCAUGCAAUGGCGGAGGAAAGCCAGGCAAUGGUGGAGGAGGAGAGCAAGGCAAUGGUGGAGGAGGAGUUCAAGGAAAUGGAGGAGGAGUUCAAGGGAUUGGAGGAGGAGUUCAAGGGAUUGGAUGAGGAGUACAGGGCAAUGGUGGAGGAGAACAAGGAAAUGGAGGAGGAGGAGAGCAAGGCAAUGGCGGAGGAGUGCAAGGCAAUGGCAGAGGAGUGCAAAGCAAUGGCGGAGAAGUGCAAGGCAAUGGAGGAGGAGGAGAGCAAGGCUUUGACUUUCACAAUGGAGGAGGAGGAGAGCAAGGCAAUGAUGGAGGAGGAGUACAAGGUGAUGGAGGAGGAGUUCAAGGCAAUGAUGGAGGAGGAGUUCAAGGGAUUGGAGGAGGAGUACAGGGCAAUGGUGGAGGAGAGAAAGGCAAUGGAGGAGGAGGAGAGCAAGGCAAUGGAGGAGGAGGAGAGCAAGGCAAUGGAGGAGGAGGAGAGCAAGGCUUUGACUUUCACAAUGGAGAAGGAGGAGAGCAAGGCAAUGAUGGAGGAGGAGUACAAGGUGAUGGAGGAGGAGUUCAAGGCAAUGGAGGAGGAGUUCAAGGGAUUGGAGGAGGAGUACAGGGCAAUGGUGGAGGAGAGCAAGGCAAUGGAGGAGGAGGAGAGCAAGGCAAUGGCGGAGGAGUGCAAGGCAAUGGCAGAGGAGUGCAAAGCAAUGGCGGAGAAGUGCAAGGCAAUGGAGGAGUGCAAUGCAAAGGUGGUGGAGGAGGAGAGCCAGGGAAUGGUGGUGGUGGAGGAGGAGAGCCAGGCAGUGGCGGUGGAGGAGAGCCUGGCAAUGGCGGUGGAGAGCCUGGCAAUGGAGGAGGAGUGCAAGGCAAAGGAGGAGGAGGAGUGCAAUGCAAAGGUGGUGGAGGAAGAGAGCCAGGCAAUGGUGGAGGAGAGUCAGGCAAUGGUGGAGGAAUGCAAGGCAAUGGUGGAGGAGUGCAAGGCAAUGGAGGAGGAGAGCAAGGCAAUGGAGGAGAAGUACAAGGCAAUGGUGGAGGAGUGCAAGGCAAUGGAGGAGGAGAGCAAGGCAAUGGAGGAGAAGUACAAGGCAAUGGAGGAGAAGUGCAAGGCAAUGGAGGAGGAGUACAAGGCAAUGGUGGAGAAAAGCAAGGCAAUGGUGGAGGAGAGCAAGGCAAUGUUGAAGGAGAGCAAGGCAAUGGUGAAGGAGAGCAAGGCAAGGGAGGAGAUGCGACUGAACAUAGAACACUGACUAUCAGUACUACUGAAAUAUGUAAAUACUUGUAAAUAAAUCAUUAAAAAUGAAGACAGAGGUGUUUUCAAUUGAAUGUGAGUAGAUGUUAAAUGUCAGGA